GCGAGACGACGGGCGGCUAGAAUCUGUGGAUUUCAGGGCGUGCGUCUCUCCGUCGUUGCCGCACCGGCGUCUUGCACCAAGGAGCAUGGCGAGCAGUUCCCCGAGACGACCCAGCCUGAGCUCGCGCCUCUCCGGGCUCGCCGGGCUCGCCUCGAGCGUCGUCGAGAGCCUCGGCGCCGGCACCGAGGCCUUUGCGAUGAGCGCGGCCGUGCGCGGCGAGAUCUCGAUCCUCGAGCGGCAGAUUGUCGAGGUGAAGCAGGAGUUCGGGGUGAGCGCGUUCGAGCCGAUGCUCGCCGGCGACACCGAGGCGACCCAGCGCCACUUUGCGCGCGCCUGCGAGCGCGUGAGCAAGCUGGAGACGGAGGUGGCGGCGCGGCGGGCGGUGCUGGUCGCUCUCCGCCGACCGAGCUUCACGUCGUCGCUGUCAGAGGACGGAUCUGGGACGGAGUCAGCGGGCGGGCGGCGGUCGGGCUACGCGUCUGUGUCGGCGUCGGGCGACGAGGACGCCACCCUGUCGUCCAGACGUGUCGCCGCGAGGGUCGCACCCCCCGAGCCAUGCCCCACACCCUUGCCCCACACCCGCCAGGUGGAGGAGAAGGAGGCCGCCGAGCUCAAGGCGCUCGACGAGCUCGACAAGAAGCGAGGCGGCGGCGGCGGCGCCUCCAGCACGGGCGGGGCGCGUGCCCUCGACGAUCUUCUCGCCGACGCGAGCGAAUGGGGCGAGAGCACUCCCCUCACGGCGCCGGCCGAUGCAGGCGAGCCCGCCGCCUCGGCGCCGGCCGAUGGCACGGCAGAUUUGCUUGGCCUGGGCUUGGAUGAGCCCGCCGUCAAAUCGUGAGGAGGGGGCACGCCGAGCGCCGCUGCUGCGGUGUCUUGACGCAGACGCGGCUGGUUCUUACCAGAGCGAGUCCAUGCAAGCCACUUCCGCAGGAGUAAAACCUCGUAUUCGGGUAUUUGUGUUCAUAUAAGACACGUGCGUUGUGAGAGCUCAGACUGUC